AUGGCAGAGGCGAAACUGAGGGCGUUGGGCUCGAAAGAUAAUGGUACGCACACAGAAAUUUCACUUCUAUAUUUUUUGCAGCUUUUACCAACAGUCAAACCACCUACAGCAUCUCUAGGUAUUCCCCGCAAAAGGAUUUCACAUCGACAUAGUCGGAGUACCCCAACUGUAUUACCAAUCCCAGCGCUGAGCUUUUCGUCGACUUCGUCUUCACGAACGAGUGCUACAGAAAGCACUUUAGCAACCCCCGUGAAUAGCGUGUUCAAUGGGAAUAUUCCUCAAAUACAUAUGUCGGAUAUUGCCGACAACAGCGACGACGAGGAGGACAAUUUGGAUACACCGACACCCACGCCUUCGCCAAAGGCCAGAGCGCGAAGCCCGGCGCGUAUCCGCUCAGCUACGACGGUUCUUGCUGGUCAGAGUCCCAGUAUCCUCCGACAAUUAUCCCUCAGCCGAUCCGAGUUCUUCUCUCGGUCCCUUACCCCACCACCACGUGCGAAACCGUCCCUCGCCAUGUCCCCGGAAAUCCAUCCUCGUGUGGACAGUGUGUCUGCUGGACGUGUCACUGCGCCUAAACCUAGAAGAGCUUCUCAGCUUACCUCUCCCAUGUCGCUAACAAGUUUUUCUCUUCCUGCUUCUCCUCUCCAUCAGACAACCAUGCUUCCUUCAUCAAUACAACAACGACCCCUGAGUCGCUCAGAACAUUUACUUAGGUCAGCACUGCUCAAAGACGAAUUCGCUCAAGGAUCCUCGACCUCGACCCUCAACGCCCCGGUCAAACAUCCUUCCAAAACCCAUCGUCGACGGCACUCGCACGCCACUGUCUCUGCUGAUUCUCCCCUUGAUCAUAGCUCUUAUCCUUUGCCUGCUGGCAUUGCCGUUGUUACAUCGCCAUUAUCACCUUCAGGGAGGAAUACACCCACGCCUCGGCCUCGUCCGGUCUCGCCCGUACACACAAAAUCUGCCCCGGUGACCCACACGAUGCAAACGAGGCUUAAUCCUCGUUCCCAGUCAUAUGCACAUGCACUAAAUGAGGCUUCAUCCACAACAUCUACCAGAUUACCGCUGACGCCUCAUGAGCAAGUUUUGCGAGCGAGGUUGGAGAGGGUGUUGAGCGCAGGAAGCGUUGCCUUGCCUGAUUCAUACCAAUAUGGAAGCGCAACUCGUAGCACUGGUUCAUCAUCCAGUGCUGAUGAUGAUUCGUUGUGGCACGUUUCUGGUCAUGAUCUAUCAGGAGAGGAUUAUGGAUAUUCAGCCGAUCUUCGACAACUGAGAUUGAAGAGAGCGGAAAGGAAGAAACAUAGAGCAAGUGCACCGGCAAACGGGUCUGGCUUUUUGGGCUGGCUGUGGAGAUCUACAGAGUCGGAUGAGGAAGAGACCCCCAAUCCUCUCUUCGCCCCACUCGCGACAGGUUAUCGGCAAACACUGCAGUUUCAAGAUGUUCCCGACGAGAGACGGAACCCAAGUAUUCCUAAUUCGCCCCGUACACCACGUAUGAAUACCUCCUCAAAUUCCAAUGCUCUUAACGCACCCUCGUUGCCUUAUCAUACCACAUCCCCUCAGUUAUCCCCAUCGCCGUCUCGGUUACGAUCGCAUACACAACCUCUACCAUCGUCACCAAACCGAUCGCCGUACGGUCAAGGCUAUACAUAUUCUCCUAAGCCAAAACAUGCAUUCUCCCUUGGCUCAAUGCCUAGCGUGGCCCGUGACAUAUCGAAUGUGGCGACGAGUAGUGGAAACGGAGGACUGACCGGAAUCAAUGGAAAAGGAAGGAUGCUUACCCCACCUCCCACCCCCCCUCGUGACGAAAGUGUGCUGUUCGCAGAAGGGCUGGGGCAGACAGAUUCUCCGGUGAAUUUGUCGCACGAUGAACAUGAACCUGGAUCAUCUGAGGAGAAUACAAACCUUGAGGCGUCAUUAAUAGGACGAGGAAAUUCUUUCACUGGCAAGUCGGGCAGAGGGCAGAGAAGUCUAGGACUUGGGAGACCGAGUGCAAAAAGUUCUGAAGAUUCUGUUUCGUCCACUGCUUCAUCACUCGCUGAGGCUAUUCCUUCUGUCUCCGUUGGUGUUGAUUCGUCGAACGCGACUGACUCUAACGAUUCAGCACUGUCUCCGUUACUCAGUCCCACGAGUGCUUUGAGCACUACAUCGUCGUUCAAUGCACGUACAGCCUCGUUACAAUGUCGAGAAAUCGAUGGAUAUAUCUCCUUCGCGAGUAUCGAGGGUUUAGGAGAACCGCCGGUCAGUGCGCUACCAACGGAUAGCGGUGACCGGGGAAGUAUGGACGGCGAUGAACAAGAAAGUCAGAAGAAAGGAUUAUUUGGGAGACUGUUUAGACGAUGA